AUGCCCGCUUUUAGAGGAACACAUGAUACUGUGCUUGGCGAUUCCUCAUCAAGGAACCAGCGUGACCGGACGAGGCGCCAUCGACCUACCCCACAAUACCUACAGAGAGUUCUAUAUCCUAGGAAGCCAAUCGCCCCUCCACACCGAGGGGAUGCGAACGAAGAACAGGGGCAGCCACGCAGGCGAAAUCUGUCCCUAUGGGAGGUACAUGCAGAAACAAUUCAGCGACGAGAGAAGAGGUUUAGGCAAGAAGAGCGACGUCGGAUUGCAUCUUCUCUCCCUGUGGCAAUAGUGAACCCCCUACACUCACAAACUGUACAAACACCACGGCCUGCUGACAGUGUCACACUUCGUUCAGAAGCCCCACGACGUCCACAGGACCGAGUCUACGAAGAGACACCGACAGAGCCAGAUGAAGAAACACGAACGGAGGUAGCGACGGAAAUCGACGAGCAAACGGAGCGUGGCAGCGUCGUGUCCGAAGGAGAGGGCGACAAUGAUGAAGUCUGCAUCACUACCACUUGCGCAGAGAAGCAGUCGGAAAAGCCACCGCAAAGGAACUUAGAGAGUGAAAGGAAGUCGGAGCAGGACCUCAAACAACAGGCCGAACGUUUCCUACGAGAUGCUAUUGGGCCUUGCGCGGGGCCUUUCGGUUUGAAGAUGGAGGAAGAGCAGAUGAACGCGCAAGAAAAGGCCUUCAAUCCAUUGAAUCCCCCUUCACAACACCAACCGAACGUCGCACCGCAGUUCGUACAGGGAUCCAGCAGGGACGGGGAAGUCGGUAGUGGAACUCCAAUACAAACUCAGCCGGAGAAAGUUCGAGACUGGUUGAACUUGCAGUCAGCUUCCCACACGCAGAGAUUUGCUGACGCCACGGCUGUAUACUACAACCCCGAAGCAACAACUUUGCCCGUUUUGUCCAAUUCCUCGCUAUACCCAACACCAGAACCACAACCUCCCGCAUACUACUACACUGCCACUCCGAUGGACAUUAUUCCGCUGAGCAAUGAUUUGAUGGAUACCUCACCUGAUCCUGAAGAAAUUGACGUCUUCACUGCUAGCAGCCUCGUUCCACCCCAACCCAUGCGAGAUAUACAACCCACGUCUACCCGGGUUGCUGAUGUCUCCACUAUAUCCGCCUUCAACAUUUCUUCCACCACACCAUCGCCGUCGUUUGAUGGAUAUCAGAUGCCUUCAAACUCUUUCGUGUCGAAGCCUCAAGCUCAGUGGCAUUUGAACGCAAUUCACCCGCGGUCUUUGAAUGUUCCAGCUAUGCGGGAGUCGUAUCAUAGCUUCCCUCCUCCAGAUUGGUGCACGACCUGUGGUCAGAUGCUUGCCUUUCGACAGCCGUUUCCACUGUCAGAAAGCAUGAAUUUAUCGGCCCCGAAUCAUCGCAUGGAGGGAGUUGGUGACGCGACGGAAACGGAGAAAGAGAGAGACGUCGAACCUUUUAUCAUCGAGGCUUGUGAGGAGCAAGAGGCUUGGUGGGAUAUGACGGCUGGAUUAUGGACGAGGGCGACCCGCAGCCUUUGGGAUUCUAAUUCCCAGAACAGAGUUUCUGUGCUAGACGUGACGAGGCCGGCUCACACCCGCAUUAUUUGGAGAAACCGUUCCACUCGUAGGCCAUUUUCCUCCGUCGAUGACACAGAAGAUGCCACAAGGAGUCUUGAGAGAUUUGAUGAGCAGUUAGCACAGCGUGUGGAUACCGAAGCACUACGGCGCUCCUAUUCAGCUCAUGCCAAGGUCCUAGCGUCCGAGAAUAAGAGGACCAAUGCGCACCGCCAGAAGCAACGGACUCGUGGUCCCCAUAGGUCUCCUAAACAAAUCUACAAGUCUCCACGCAUCUCUCAAAAACGCCCCUAUCAGAGGAGCUUUAGGACUCCAAUACAUAGGGUUUUAGACGAUCUCACUACAAUCAUCUCUCGCUUCCCAUCUGUUUUCCUUUAG